AUGUUGAAGGAGUGCUAUUACUGGAGCCACAUCCUAGAUCCCAUCCACAUCCCCCAAACGGGACGCCCUGUUCCACCUUCGGACCAGACACCAAGGCCAGGCUGGCUCUUCUUCCUUCAUACCUUGAAGUCGCGGCGAGAAUCCGCCCAAGUUGAAGACGACUUGGUGGCAGGAGAAAGAACAGCCAGAGAGCGACCGAGAAGGCCCUCUAUCAUCUGGUCAGGGGAGCUUCAUGCCUGUGGGCAGGCUCAAGCAGGGCGACGGAGGCCUUUGAGAGACCUUGGACCCAAAUCUUGUCCAUUCUUGUUUUGCAGAGAUUCUCAAAAACCCGAGCGUUCCCGCCGUCCACUUCCUGGUCCAGGUGGCGUCACCCAAGAGGUGGUGGAAAGGAAGAGAGCCGAGACCCCCCUGGAAGCCUCCCGCCUCCGCUACCUUUGGGUCACCCACCUGGCCGCUCAGGUCUGGUGCGAGCAGCAGAUGGUGUACCAGAGGGAGCAGCCGGAGCUGGGGAGUCCGGAGAACGCUGCGCUCUUGGAUCUGGGGAAGAGCAUCCAUCUGGCCAGAGAGCUUGAGGACCAUGACUUAGUGCCGAUCUGCGCCACAAGCCAAGAGGAUUCGUGGGCCAUAAAGCUGCUGAAUCUUCUGCUUAUGAUUCCGGCCCUGCAAGCAGGUCAGCGUGUUCGAGAAUUCCCCGUCUUUGGCGUGCUGGAAGGGGUCUUUGUGGUCGGGGUCAUCGAUCAGCUGGGCUACACCCCGAAAGGAGAGCUGCAGCUGAAUGAGCUGAAGACCCGGAAGGAGGCCUCCAUGCCUUCACGGGCGCAGAAGAAGAAAGAUGGCUUCCAGGUCUCCCUUUACAAGCAUCUGUUCGACGCCAUGGUGCGAGGAUGCCUAGGGCAGGAAAGUUUCAUCUGUCACCUCCAGCUGAGGCCUGAGCAGCCGCUUGGCCCCCAGGUCCGAGAGCAGGCUCUGUGUGCGGGUUUUACCGCGUGCCGUUUCCAAGACCUCCUGGAGCUGGCCUUCCUGAACUUGACUUUCUCCGACCUCCCGCCCAUCGACCGGCUGCAGGUGGAGUAUGUCCACCAAGAGACCAACGCCUCGCUGGGCACGCAGGUCGUGGCUUACGAGGAGGAGACGGUGAAAGCCGAGGGGAGAUAUUUCUUGGCUUACUGGAAAGGGCAGAGAGAUCCCAAAGGGGUGGAGGUGGAGGAAGCCUGGAAGUGCCGACAUUGCGCCUACUCGGAGGUCUGCAGAUGGCGGAUGGCGAGGGCGGGAAGCCCCACCGCCAGGAUUCGGCAGAAGACGACCAGGGGGAAGCAGGCCUGAAACCACUACGUGGGGUGCUUCAGAUCGACCAGCCUUCCUCCAGCUUUUCUAAGGGGUUGGACUACACUCCCUAUCAUCCCCAGCUACCAUGACUCCUGUGCUGGUGGAGGAUGAGGGUUGUCCUUCAAGUCAGGUGGGGCACAAGGCGCAGGAGCGGGACAGGACCGACGACGCUUUGAUGUCCGAAGAUCUGGAAGGGUCCAGAUCGGAUCCCCGUCGUGGUCACCGACAGAUUGCGGCUUUUGUUUCAUGGGUGGAAAGCAGAAGGUAACCCGUCGCCUUCCUCUCUGAGGGGACCCUUUAAUAUCGAGAGUUGUCAACAAAAGGGGACUGUGAGACAUUUUGUACCCCAAGAAAAACAAUGCCAUACCUCUAUAUUAAACAACAAAGGACCUCACGACACGCAUUAAUAAACGCAAAAUGAAGACACUUUAUUAUCUACUGGUUACAAUUCUAAAUAAAGGGGUUUCAUGCAUUCAACUCAUUCACACUCCAUACAGACUCACCCAAGAGAGGAGAAA